CAGGGGCGGACUGACCAUUUGGAAACUCGGGCACUGCCCGAGGGCCCGGGGUCAGUAGGGGGCCCCAUAAGAUGCCCCUGGUACCUUUUUCAUAGGCUUUUUUGAGUUUGGGCAAGGACAUAGGGGCCCCAUGAUCCCCUAUUGCCCGGGGGCCCCAUGAGUUGUCAGUCCGCCCCUGCUUCCGACUUCCCUCCUCUCCUUACCACCAGCAGCUGCAAGCACAUAAUAGGAUCCUUCAGGGUAGGGGGUUCAUUGAGAUGCCCCUGGUACCUUUUUCAUAGGCUUUUUUGUUUGGGCAAGGACACAGGGGCCCCAUGAUCCCCUAUUGCCCAGGGGCCCCAU